AUGUGGAAAGUUACCAAAGCUUUGAAGAUUACAGUGUCCUGGAAUGGUCUGAUACCAAAAGUGCAGCUUGGUGCCAGAAGUGAAAAGGAGAAAGAGACGGAAUCCUUUGAUUCUCAGGCAAUGAAGUACUUGUCAUAUGUACUGUAUCCAUUGUGUCUAGGAGGAGCAGUCUACUCACUAAUAUAUGUGCAACAUAAAAGUUGGUAUUCAUGGAGCAUCAACAGUUUAGUGAAUGGUGUCUAUGCAUUUGGAUUCUUGUUCAUGCUACCACAGCUGUUUGUUAACUACAAG